GGCGCCCGCGGCAGGGCCAGCUGCGUCCCGAGCCUCGGCACUGCUGGCGUCUGCCCCGCGUCCCCGCUGCACUCAGUUCGAAGUCGGCCACCAUGGAGGCGCAGGCACAAGGUUUGUUGGAGACUGAUCCAUUACAAGGAAGAGAUGAAGACACAGUAGCCAGUGCUGACUUCUCUAGCAUGCUCUCUGAGGAGGAAAAGGAGGAACUAAAGGCAGAAUUAGUCCAGCUGGAAGACGAAAUCACUACGUUACGACAAGUGUUGUCCGCGAAAGAAAGGCACCUGGUUGAAAUAAAACAAAAGCUCGGCAUGAAUCUGAUGAAUGAGUUGAAACAGAACUUCAGCAAAAGCUGGCACGACAUGCAGACCACCACCGCCUACAAGAAGACACACGAGACCCUGAGUCAGGCAGGGCAGAAGGCAACUGCAGCUUUCAGCAACGUGGGGACAGCCAUCAGCAAGAAAUUUGGAGACAUGAGGUACUCCAUUCGCCAUUCCAUAAGUAUGCCUGCUAUGAGGAAUUCUCCUACUUUCAAAUCAUUUGAGGAGAGGGUUGAGACAACUGUCACAAGCCUUAAGACGAAAGUAGGCGGGAUGAACCACAGCGGAGGCAGUUUUGAGGAGGUGCUCAGCUCCACAGCCCAUGCCAGUGCCCAGAGCUUGGCUGGGGGUUCACUGCGGUCUGAAGAGGAGGAACUACAGUGCUAGGUGCAGCCACUUAAUCAGUCUGCGGCCACAUCCACAAGGAGCCCCCACUGCCCAGCCCAUCUCUGUUCAUGCAGAUCCAGAUGCAAAGACCAAAACCCCAUGGAGAAAAGCUUGGGUCUUCACAUUGUUAUUCAGAUGGCCUCUGUAGACAAUUUAAUAAAAUGAUUUCCAUUUGUGUGUGUAUAGAUGAUGAACCACUCCACCUCCAUGCUUGAGCAUUCAUAGUUUGUCAUCUUUUAAAAUGUCCCAACAUUAUGCAGGCACACAAUUGAUCCUAACGCUUGUCUGUGUAACUCCACCUGUAUUCUGCAAGCAUGUAGCUUCCUAGAGGUUGGCUGGGAGCUUGGAGUGGCCUCCUUUCGGCAUGUUCCAGACGGGUAAGGGGACAAGCCCUCUCCGUUCAGCCUCAUCAACUGCUCCAGCAAAAGGAUGGCUCCCAGCAAACUCUAUCUACUGUUUAUCAUUCCCCUACAUCUGUUAUGUGUUUAUUUAAAUGAUUAAAAUAACUGGUUUUCAU